UCCACUCAUCAAGCUUCAGAAGUUAAAUACCCAGUAGUUGCUAUAGGCAACCAAUUGGCCCAGCUAAUAUGUAGAUCAAGGUUUAGGCACAGCGGGCCUGUUUCAUUCAUAUCCAGCAACAAGCCAGUGAAGAGUUGGAAAUGUUUUGUUCAUCCACAUCUCACAUUGAUGUCUAGCCUUUUUUACUAGCUUUCUUUCUUUCUCUUCAGAGAGUGUAGGUAGAACUGGCUAGUGACCACUCGCUGCAAGGCUUAAGAAUUACAAGUCAUGAGAUCAAAAUCUGGAAAACAUAUUAGAAAAACCACAUGAUCUAACUUGUGGUUGGUGGGAAUUGAACUGUGAUAUUCAGCAGAGUGCCAAGGUGUGAAAUCUUUAUUCUUGGAGUCCAGGUGAUACUGUGUAAGUCUAAAUGCUCCUGCUAUGCGCCUGUGCCCAUCAAAAGCUCAGCUGUACAUUUUUCCACAGCUCGUGUUGUCCUACAAUAGGGCCCCUACUCUCUUACAACUUCAAUACUUACUGUGGUAAUUUGUUGGAAAAAGAAUUGAAAUGACCAACCUGUUAUCACAGACGAAAGAUGAACCCCCGAUCAUGACUAAACUUUCUCAGAAAAAUGUGUACUUUGUGUUGUCAGGGCCAGCAAAGCUUCACUGUUUGGAUCCAGAAGAAAGCAACUUUGCUCUGAAACUUCAUUUCAAAUGCAGCUAAUAUGCUUGACAAGAACAUGUGGUUAAUUGGGAUGUGGGGAAGUGAGCAAGACAAAAGCAACCACAAAGCAGAAGCACUUUCAGUUUCAGAGGUAAAACCAAAACAUAUUUGCACUUGAUGAAACCUGUAGGCAAUCUAGGCAUGGAGCACCCUUUAUUGGUAACUAUUUUUCGAGCCAAUUCCCUUUAUUAUUAACUGUUGCAACUAGUUUAGUCAUAUUGUUAAUAAAAAUUCUUCUGGUUAAGUUACCUUUGAUGCAAGAUUGAAAGGUGAAAAAUCAGCUCAAAAGAAAGCAUGUUGUGCUAAUUCUAUACCUGUUCUGAGAAGCCAAACCAAACAGCCCAGUUGUGAGCUGGCUUUUAAAAAGUUAAAAAGCUAUCUUCUAAGAAAAUGAACUAAAAGUUGGGAAGCUGGUUGAGAUGGGCUUUUCUGAUUUUUGGUGUGCCGAUAAGCUAAAAAUUUAUUGUAAAACCUAAUAGCAAAAAUAUAUUAGGUAGAAGUUAGAAGCCAAAAAAAUCAAAAGCCAAAAGUCUCAGCCUAACCAAACAGACCCUAAAAGCGUCCAUAAUGUGCUAAAAAAAAUCAUGUAAUAAGGGUUUACUACUUAGUAGUAACAGUUGUGAGGGUCGGUAGUAGUAAAAAGAUUCUUCAAGUCGGCAAUAGCCUUGCUACCGAGCCACAAGCAUUUUAAAAAAUAUUUAUCUCUCCUCUCUCUCCCCUCUCUCUCUCCAUGGCACACCCGGUCAUUGGUGUGGGCUGAUUUUUUUGUUAAAUGGUGGGACCUGGCUUACUACAUCCUCUCAUCUAUAAGCAUUGUGGAAAUUACAACAACUAAAAUUCACUUUAUACAGGGUCCACCUUACUACCUACUUAGGUGAUAUAUAUAUUACCCUUGCUCUAAGGUUAGCUCCGUAGGUUCUUGUGCUAAUACCUGAUCAGAAAAAUAUUUUAGGAGUGUGCUGCCUCAGGAACAAACUGUAGGUUGCACGGUGGAGGCGACCUGUCCAACAACUCACACAUGUAGGUUGUCUGUACUCCACAUAACAGACAAACUAGAACAUGAUUUUAAACCACAGGUUUAGCUUAAGUUGCCUCACCCCUGGUCUCCUUUGGCCUUUGGGUUGCAAAAAUAUAUGGUAUAUGACUUAUGUCCAAUUGAAUCGUGCAAAUCUCUAUCAAUUUAGUUGGUUUCUGUUGACUUUAUCAGCAAAAAAACUUAGAAAUUGUCUAGAAGCAACCAAAGUGGAAAAAUAGAUUAGUUUAUAUUUACAACAUGUUUUAGAUCACACAGGAAAUCAUAAGGAAAUAAAUAAUCCUAUUGAUUCACAACAUGUUUUAGAUCACACAGGAAAUUAUCGGCUUCCCAGCUGAAGAGCUUGCACUAUAUUAUCGGCUUCAUCAUUUUGUUUGAUUUUUUUUGGGUCUCAAUCAUUCACAUUCGGUUGGACGAAUGCAUGGAGCCUUCCUCAUGCACCAUUGCAUUACAUUGCUGGGAAAAUUUUCUAAUUUUGGCGCAUUCAUUUUGAUUCAGUGUUGAACCAGAUAUAUGCAAACAGAGCUAUCCUCUAUGUUCAGAUUCCCAUACAUCCUAGAGCCGUUCAGUCGGAUCCUUUUAAUUUGUCCAUCUCUGAAGACAAAAAUCCAAGUGUGGCUGUUACACAUACUACACAAACACAGUAGCUAGGAUUCUGUAUGCAGCUUUGACCAAUUUUGCUUUUCCAUCCUUUUUAUAGGAAGAGAUGAUAGAAAUGACCGAUUGGACAAUCCGGAGUAAGUUAAAUUAAAGAAAAUUGAUGAACAUCAGAAUCCUUAUCGUAACCUGCUCAAUUGUGCAGAUGCAGUGAGCAGUAGGGCAGGGCAUGUGCCCUGUGGAGCCAUGCUUUUGCAUUAUUGCAUCUGCAUAUGAUCAUUUGCCCUUAGCCCUAAGCCACAAAUAAAAAUCCAGAGGCCCCAUGAUCUGAGCUCACCACUGUUCCGCGGUAUAGAAGGUUAUAUAACACAACAGACCAGUGAUUACGAUGCCUAGCCCUCUUACCAGUUAAUGAGCAGCUAGCGAGCAGUUGUGCAUUUCAGCAGCGCAACAUGUUCCAAUAUAGUGGAUCUGAUCUGUUAGCAGCGGACAGCAGUAGUUUACCCUUCAAAUUUUAGUUACCUCCAAAUUUUACACUAACCUGUUUGGUAGACACUCCAUGUAGAUUCUGAAAGCUGCUGCAAAUAUAAUUGAAGUGUGUGGGAUCGAUCGAUAUCCCCUCCAUGAUCAAAUUGCAACUGCGGCAAUACUACUGUUCCAUACAGUUUGUACCCAGGAAUCUGCAGGAUCUUUGUUACAGUGAAGAAGUUGGCAACUGCACCAGCCAGCCUUUAUCGAUCACUUACUAGCAUGGCAGCAAUGCAUGCAGGUACAUACACAAUAAGUAGCAUCAGUGAUUACUUAUGCACGGGUACAGAUCAUUGAAUUGAAGAAGAGCAACACAAGCUAGUAUUUGUAUCGUGAGGCAAAUGUGCAGAUCUCCUGCUACAGAUAACCUGUUAUUCGUUAGCUGAUUAAUCUCAUGCUAUCUACUAAAGAUGUCAUAGCCGCCCAUGCAGAAAAAUGCAAUAAAAUUUUGUCACAGGUUUUCUGCCUUGUAUUGGAGGAGCCUUGCUUUUCAUGCCAUACGACGCGGAGGCGUUCAAUGGGCUAAAGGAAAUGAAAGAAACAAAACAAGCCCCCAGAGCCAGAGACAAUCCUAUUUGGAUGCAACUGUACAUAAACCCAGACAAGACACAAGAGUUUUCUGAAAAAUUGUGCAACUCUUUGUCGACACUGGGCUGAACAGUGGACAGAAACAGUGCCGAACAGAACUGAAAUCCACUGAGGAACUUUUCCUUAAUUUAUGCGCCGGUAAGGCUGUACAGGCCAUGAUUUUAAAUUAUGCAAGAUUCAGAUAGUUCUAAUUAGUUAAUGUGAGAGCGCUCCAAGUUCCAUAAAAGAAACAAAAAGAAAAAUGAAACUGCUUGUCCUUCAAUUUUUCUAUUCAGUUCUGUGAGCUUGCCCAUAUACUUUAUCAGAAAUGCAAAUGCAAAUGCAAAUGCUGGGAUUGAUUAGCUGAACUCUGAUCUUUGCUGCGGGGUAACUCCUGGGGCGGAGAAGAGAAUCUGAAGCAUGGCACAAGCAGCCUACCGCCAGCAAACAAGUGCUUCCAUUCCCAAGGAGGGAGGGAGCAACCUAACGCAGUCUCACCUCACCUGUGAAAGAUUAACAAGAUUACUUUUGCAGGGCAGGGCGAUGAAACAUGACAGAUGGAUGGAUGGACUGCGAGAAAUGCAGCAACAGACAGACAGACACGCGACACAGGGAAGGAGAGGAGAGGAGAGGAGAACUGCGUCGAUAUAUUUUGCAAUCACCCUACCAUUCGUCUUCAUUCGUGACAUUUGUCUUAGUAGUUUUGUUUCUUGCGCAUGGACUUGUUAAUAUAUAGGUUCCGAUUGUAACUUAGCACUACUACACUAGUAUAUGUUUGAUCCCUAGGAUCUAUACAGUUUAUUAUUAUUGUUGUUGUGAACUCAUCAUCUAAUUUCUAUGUACUCCAACAGAUUAAGCCACCGGCGCCCAACUUGCAAACCUUCUCCAGCCGCAUCUGCCUGCACCGAUGGAAGAAUCAAUGUGAAGACCAUUACUAAUACUAGGUUCGUUGGAGAAGAAACAGUGAUGCUACUUGCCUCCAAGUGUAUUAUUAAGGUUACAGGUUGUAGGCAGAUGGCUCCACGUGGAUGCCCAACACAGGAAAAGAAGCUCAACACAGGUUACACGGCACCCCUAACCAGGUGAUGAGAAACUGACAUACAACUCUCACUGCAUGCAUCUCAUCUCCAUGGCAGGCAGGCAGGCAGCCAUGUUCUCUCUCUCUCUCUCUCUCUCUCUCUCUCUCUCUCUCUCAAAAACUAAACAGCAACCUACCCUCUUCUUUUAGUUUAGUUUUGCAUGAGUACACCACUAGCUUGUUAAUAAUUUGGAUAAUUUGACACGCAUGUUGCUCCAAAUAAAAGGAAGGCACACCACCUUCCUUCCUUGUUGUCCAACGGCUCUGCUCCAGCUACGUACUCUUGUCCUCUUCGCUGCCUCCUCCCUGCCUCUAGCUCCUUCAUUGGCAUCUAUCUCACUCCAACACAAGUUGCUGCCAUGGUCAAGAAGCAGACUGGUGGCCUCACCUCUCUCUUCGGCAGCAGCUCCAAAAAGGACGCCGGUGCAGUGUUGCCGUGCCCUUCCUCCUCCUCUUCCAUGUUGCCUGCCUCUUCCUCCUCUGCGUGGCAAUGGCCGUCCUGCGGCCAGCCAAGAACCCUCUCAUUCAGGCAGCAGCAGAUCGAUGGGCACCACCACACGAUGAAGCAGGCUUACAAGACCAUGAACUCGUCCUACUCCGUCGACUCCUGCUUCUCCAACUCCUUCGCCUCCGUCGACAGCUUCUCCACGGCGUCCGAGGCCUCUGCCCCAGUCGACGCCACUGAGGGGGAGGCAGAGGCCGUCAUCCGCGCCCUGCGCUCCGACCGCCUCUUCUUCGAGCCCGGCGCUUCCUCCUGCAUUCUCAAAACUCCCAGCAAGCCCAAGAUGAAGGCCGUAUACGAAGAAGACGACGGCAAGGACGCCAUGAGGAGCAGCGCAACGAAGGCAGCGUUCGGGGGCGCAACGGCCAUGUCUGUAGAGUCUCAGAACCCGUACCGUGACUUCCGGGAGUCGAUGGAGGCGAUGGUGAUGAGCCACGGUGUGAAGGACUGGCGGUGGCUGGAGGAGAUGCUGGGCUGGUACCUCAGGGCGAACGGCAAGAGCACCCACGGCCUCAUCGUCGGCGCCUUCGUCGACCUGCUCGUCGCGCUCAGCACCACCUCGGCAGCAUCCUCUCCGGCCACCCCCACCAACUGCUGUUCUUCUAGCGCUUGCUCCUCCUCCUUGUAAUCAACUGAGCAGCAUCCAUGUGAUCCAUCAAUUUUUCAUUGAGGACGCCACGCCAUUGCCAAAGCAAGCAAGGAAGAUCCAUCUGCAGCCAGGAAGAAGAAAUCUUUUUUAGGCCGUUGCCAAUUGCCAUUGCUACCGAGGAGUGACGACGUACGUACUCCAUUUGAUCACAGUUUUGAACAUGUGGAGUUAUGGUAGGAGGGCAGUGCAGCAUGAUCGAUCACCUCCCUCAAGCGUUGAUCAUCAGGACCACUGUUAUUGCCGGUGGCCGGCUCCAAGAGCUACCUGAUCAAUGCUUAAUGAACUAGCUGUUUGAUCACCGGCAGCUUUUCAAUUUCAUUUUUGAGAGAUGCAUGUACGUACCAUACGUGUGUGCAAUCGUACGCCUUCUGCAGCAGUAAUUUAAAAAAGGUAAAGAGAAUUUCCUGAGCUGUACACUUCAGCACAGUAAUUUCCAUCCUAGCUAGCUUCUUGUCAGUAACUCCAAUAGUAUAGAUGCAUGUACACUACUAGUCUUUUCCCCCCCGCUUUUCCUGAGUGAUGAAUGGUCAUUGGCCAUCCCUUUGUCAGUCAAAUUAUAAGACCA